AUUCCUUUCUGCCAUCUUCCAACAAUCUAUAUCCUCGCAUGCAACUUAUAAAAGUCAUGAUGUCCUUAAUAGAGAGACCGAUUUCCCAUUGCUUAUUCACCGCGCCUUUCAUUAUCAUUCUUGCCUUGGCUUCUUCUUCUUUCCAUGUUGCUAUUUCUUCUUCCUCUGCAACUUCACCUUCCAAUAUAGUAACAAUCAUGGGACGAGAAGCAGAGGCUCUUUUGGAAUGGAAAGCCAGUCUUGACAACCAAAGCCAGUUUCGGUUGUCUUCAUGGGUUGGAAACAUCACUUGCCAGUGGGUUGGAAUUUCUUGCAACAACUUUAGCAGCAUCUCUCAUGUCAACCUCACAGGUGUUGGUUUAAAAGGUACACUCUACUCUUUCAGCUUCUCAACCUUACACAGCCUUAUAAGUCUUAAUCUCAGCUACAACUUACUCUACGGUACCAUUCCUUCCCAUUUGGGCAACCUUUCUAAGCUGAGAUACCUUGAUUUAUAUACCAACAAUCUCUCAGGUUCAAUUCCUACUUCUAUAGGAAAUUUAGGCAACUUGAGUUUUUUAGACCUCAGCAAUAACACACUUUCUGGACCUAUACCUGAAGAAAUUGGAAAGUUGGGAUUUCUUAGUGAGCUUUCUUUGUACAUGAACAAUCUCUCUGGUCCAAUACCUGCUUCUAUAGGAAACUUGAGCAACUUGUCUACUCUUUAUCUAUGGGAGAACAAUCUUUGUGGAUCUAUCCCUUCUUCUAUAGGAAACUUAGGAAAUUUAGCCCAUUUAGACCUUUCCGAAAACAAACUUUCUGGACCCAUACCUGAAGAAAUUGGAAAGUUGGGCUUUCUUAGUUAUCUUGCUCUGUUCAGGAACGAUCUCACUGGUUCAAUCCCUUCUUCUAUAGGAAACUCGAGCAAUUUAGCCAAUUUAGACCUUAGCAAAAACAAACUCUCCGGGUCUAUUCCUCAAGAACUCGGAAAGCUAACAUCUCUUGCUUGGCUUAACCUGUAUGAAAACAAUCUCUCAGGCUUAAUUCCUACUUCUAUAGGAAACUUAAGCAACUUGAGUGUUUUAUACCUCAGCAAUAACACACUUUCUGGACCUAUACCAGAAGAAAUUGGAAAGUUGGGAUUUCUUAGUGAUCUUAGCCUGCACGUGAACAAUCUCACUGGUUCAAUCCCUGCUUCAAUUGGGAACUUGACAAAGCUCACUGUAUUGUGGUUGCACAUAAAUAAAUUAUUUGGCUCCAUCCCUGUUCAAUUUAAUAAUCUAACAUAUUUGGAGGUUUUGUCAUUUUCUGAAAACAUGUUGUCCGGGUAUCUUCCUCAAAAUGUUUGUAAUGGUGGAUCACUUCAAAACUUCACAGCAAAUGACAACUAUUUCAUAGGUUCCAUUCCAAAAAGUUUGAGAAACUGCACCAGUUUAAUAAGAUUGAACUUGCACGGAAACCAUUUAGGAGGAAAUAUAUCAGAAGAUUUAGGCAUUUACCCGAAUUUGAUAUAUAUUGAUUUGAGAUAUAAUAAUUUCUAUGGAGAACUUUCUCAAAAGUGGGGGAAGUGCCAAAGUUUGCAAAGCUUGAAAUUCUCCAAUAACAGAAUUUCUGGUGUAAUUCCUCCUCAGCUUGGAGGAUCCAUCCAGUUACGUUUGCUUGAUCUCUCCUUCAAUCAUAUAGUCGGGCAGAUUCCAAAGGAAUUAGGAAGGUUGACGUCAUUGUUUCUACUUAAUUUGGGUGAUAAUAAACUUUCAGGUAGUAUUCCAUUGGAAUUUGGAAUGCUAUCCAAUCUACAAUAUCUUAUUCUCUCAGCCAACAAUUUAACCGGAUCAAUUCCUAAACAAAUAGAAGGGUGCUCAAUAUUGGUGAACUUAAGUUUAAGCAAAAAUGAACUUAGGGGGGCUAUUCCCUCUGAGAUUGGAAACUUAAACUCUCUUCAAAUGCUCGAUUUAAGUGAGAAUUCACUUAUCGGGAAAAUACCACCUCAACUUGGAGAUAUGCAAAGGUUAGAAACAAUGAAUCUCUCCCACAAUGAUCUGUCUGGCUCCAUUCCCUACACUUUUGGUGAAAUGUCUGGAAUGUCAAGCUUGAUCAGUGUUGAUAUAUCAUACAAUCGAUUGGAGGGUCCUCUUCCCAACAAUAAAGCCUUUUGUGAGGCUCCAUUCGGAUCAUUAAGAAAUAAUAGUGGUUUGAAGGCCUGCCCCACUUCUAUUACCAGGAGCAAGAAUUAUGGAGAGAGAAGGAAAAAUAAAGUUGUGAUUUUCUUUAUUGUUCCUAUCUUAGGCACAAUGUUUCUAUCAUUGAUUGUAUUUGGGAUUCUUUACCAUGUUCUCAAGCGCCAAGGUAAGAGGAACAAGCUAAACAGUCUAAGAGAAGCUCAAAAUGGUAAUAUGUUCGAAGUUUGGAGCUAUGAUGGGAAAAUGGUUUAUGAAAGUAUCAUUGAAGCAACAGAGGGAUUUGACUCCAAACAUUGUGUUGGAGUGGGAGGGUGUGGAAGUGUUUAUAAAGCGGAGCUACAAACAGGUCAAGUUGUUGCUGUGAAAAAAUUUCAUUCAAUACAGGAUAAUAGGAUUGACCUUGCAAAGGCUUUUGAAAAUGAGAUCCAUGCUUUGCUAGAGAUUAGGCAUCGCAACAUAGUAAAGCUUUAUGGCUUCUGCUCACAUCCACGACACUCAUUUUUAGUUUAUGAGUUUUUAGAAGGGGGAAGCUUGAAAGAGAUAUUGAGCAAUAAAAAAGAGGUAGUUAAUUUUGAAUGGGUCAAAAGGGUGAAUGUAGUAAAAGGCGUGGUUGAUGCUUUAUCCUACAUGCAUCACGAUUGCUCACCUCCGAUAGUUCAUCGAGACAUAUCAAGCAAGAACAUCAUGUUGGAUUUGGAGUAUGAGGCCCACAUCUCAGAUUUUGGCACAGCUAAGUUUUUAAAUUCUGACUCAUUGAAUUAGACUUCAUUUGCUGGAACAUUUGGAUACACAGCUCCAGAACUUGCAUAUACGAUGGAAGUGAAUGAGAAUUGCGAUGUUUAUAGCUUUGGAGUGGUGACAUUGGAAGUGAUCAUGGGAAAGCAUCCAGGAGAUCUCAUCUCACUUCUCUCAUCAUCAUCGUCGUCAUCAGCAACAACUUCAACUACCCAUGGUAUACUAUUGAAGGAUGUGUUGGAUCAACGACUUGAACCUCCUAGAAAUCAAGUCGCAAGGAUAGUGGCAUCUGUUGCAAAGCUUGCAUUUGCAUGCCUGGAAACUAAUCCUCAAUCUCGUCCGACCAUGCAGCAAAUUUCUCGGGAGCUAUCUAUCAAAAGAUCACCUCUAUCCGAGAUGUUUGGUGAGAUUACCUUGGGACAAUUGUUGGUGUGAUCAUGCUCAAGUGUAUUCCACACUUAUUUUAUUAUUAUUUUUAUUGUACUAUAUUAGGAUGAGUUAUGCAAAUUAGAAUAUUGUU